UGUGUGUUUGUGCGGAAGCCGAGCGAACCCGAACACACCCACACUUGGCUGAUGUUGAAUGAAAGCACUCACACCCGCGUCGAUCGGCUGCGGACGCUCCAGUCCGGAUAGGGCUCGCUGGUCACUCAUACAGCGGGAAGCAAUGCAGCCGAAAGCGAACCGAGUGAACGAAGUCGGAAACGCCCUCCCCUCUGGCUGCGCAUGACGUUUUCUAAAUAUACGAAUUGAAACGAAAUUAUUUAUCAGUCGUUUUAGAGCUUUGAUCGUAGACGGUCUGUAUUCAUAACGUUGCUUUGUAGGGUUUUUUUGUGAAUAAGGAAAGAAUUACUAUAAUUACCAUUGUGUAUACACACAUACCAUAUAUACACACUUACGAGAAGCUCUACGAGAAGAAACACACGGUCGAAGGAAGCGCGAAAGAGUGCGACGAGAUGCGAAAAAUUGUUAAGCAUAGUGAACGAAUUUUUGUAUGAAGCACAAGCACGGGAGGCAAUUGAAGCUCUGAGGUCUGUGAAGCUUGGAAAGAUUAGCCCCCGUAACCAGCAACGGUAACAAAACGGGAUGUAAAUGAGUGAAGAGUGUACGGAAGGGGCUAUGAGAAGUGUGUGAUAAGUUUUUGUGUUCCGCGGAGAACAAAGUUUUGACACAGGUUGACCGUGCAUAAGUGGAGAGUAUUACUUUCUUUGAAUUAUUUCCACUUCUUGCUGUGUGAUGUGACAGUAAUAAUUAGCAGGAGAAGAGAGAAGAAAAAAAGAUCACAAAGCUAGUGUACCGUCGUGUGUGAGGAGGGAGAAGAGUACGAGACACACCGAAAUCUCAGCGGCUGCGACGCGGCAGCAUUUUCAUGCAGAACAGUACGCGCCGCGGUACACACACACUACUGUCGCCGCAUACCGACACAGACACACGGCAGAUGUACCACAACGAACAACGUCGCGGCCGUCUUCUUGUUGGUCGUCGUCGUCGUCAUCGCCGUCAGAUCAGCAGCAGCAGAAAAACAACAUCGUCGACAACGUCGUCGUCGUCGUCGUCAGCAGCAGCAGCAGCAAAAGCAUGAAAAGUGCUCUAAAAACGCCAACGGCCCCAGCAUUGAGCGAACGAAGAAAAUGUUUUGAAAAGUGAUUUAUAUUUGUUCAUAUUUUUUUCUGUUAACCGAAAAAGAGCAUGAGAAAAGAAAAUUACGAAAGUAUAUAUAUUUAUAUAUAUAUAUAUAUAUAUUUAUGUUGAAAUUAUACAAAAGGAGAAGCUGUUUAAGAGUAAUGGAAUGAAAAGCUGAGCGAAAAGAUUUUUUUUUGUCUUCGAAGUGAUCCAAUGAUUUCAUGAAUGAAAACAACAACCACACACAGAGAGAACGACAGAAAGAAAAAGUCACAAGAAUAGGUUCUUCAUUUUUUUUUCCUUUUCACGAAAUAGUGUAUACGCGCAAGAAAGUGGGAUUCGGGGAAAAAAUCCGGUAUACGCAGCAAAAAAAAAAGUUUUGUGCGGAAGUGAGUGAUGUGAAGUGAGCCAAUCGCUAUAAAAUCAAUACCAGAGGAGGAAAAAUAAUAGUAAAGUGCAAACAACAUACACACGGAAUUUUCAUCUUCGGCAUCAUACAAGAAUAUAUGCAUUUCCAAGCGAGUGUUUCCUCGAUGAAAGAAUAAAAGCAGUAAAGUGAAAUUAUUGCCCACCACCCACUUUCGGCAAAUCAUGUAUAAAGUGUUUUCGCGGGAAAAAUGGAUUAAUAUUGGAUGUACGACGGUCAGAACAACAGCAGAAGCAGCAGCAGCGAAUACCAAUAGCGGUCCAAGUACCAGCAGCAGAACUUCUCGUGGCAACGACAUCUCAACAUCGGAUUUGGAUUACGAACGAGAAUCAGAACCCGGUUUAAUUGCUUAUUGAUUAUAAAGCGAUUGAAACGAUGACGGAUCUUGGUGGACCACGUCUGAAGACGACGCAUUGGAGCCGUUAGUGUAUCGAGCUACAUGGAUCGCAGAAAUGGCGGCGAUCCUCUGGCGCCUCCUCGGCCCCCUAAAUCUCUGCCCCGUGUUCAUCGUCCUCGGGCUCCCGAGCCGAUCAUAAUGAGCGCCGUCACAGCCGCUGCCAACAGUAAAGCCAACAGCAACCACUCUACAGCUAACAGCAGCACUAACACAACAACAACAACAACGACGAUCAGUACGACGACUACGAAUCGAAGCCUCAACAACGCACCGCAACUGUCACCAAAACCUAGGAAUCUAAGCUUUUCCAUUCCCCCUACAAGCAACACUAGUAGCAAUUUUGUCUCAUCAUCAAUUCCACCGCCGUUGCCUCCUGCCCCCCAGAUCGUACCACUGACGCCGCUUCACACGAGAAGCAGCAGCCACAGUAGCACCAGCAGUAGCGGCAGCAGCAGUCAUCACCACCAUAUUACCCACCAUCAUCAUCUUCCUAGUAGUAAUAACAGUAGUAAUAGUCUAGCACAGCCAGCAAGUACCUUCUCGCGACGACGUCCACCGGCAGCUUUACCAUCGUUAUCGAUACCGAGCAUUUUAGGCCCUAGCUUAGAUACGACCGCGUCGAACCCCACGACAACGUCUGCCACAUCCCCUGUCACCCUGGCUGCACCUAGACCAGAGAACGAAAGGCUUACGAACGAGUAUGUCGACACACCGUUUAGUAGACUCUCGCCCGUGUCGAACCGCCAGCGACAUCCGCAGCAUGCUAUUGAACCCGCGCCGGCCCCCGGGUCGACGACGACUCCGACGGUCACCAGCGGCAUCAGCGAGCAGAGCCAGCGACAACUAUCAUCAUCAGUAUCGGCUGCUAGUAACCGGCUGCAUUCGGUUGGAACUAACAGCAGCGGCAGCCACGGCCCAGCGGGAUCGAUCCAUGGUAAGCCAAUCGGGUCGACAGCGACGACCACGACGCUCCACGGCAGCAGUAGAAACUUCAACAACAACACCAUCGAGACUAGACCAAAUCUAUUACCACUGGGACAAACGACGACGGGUACUCCGCUGUCUGCCGGUGGAUCACCAACGAUACAAUCUGCAACAUUGCCAAUUACCAAACAACCAGUAUCGAACACAUUCAGUAAGGAUGCACCGGCCGCAGCCCGACUGCAUGAGCUCGACAUCGAUCUGCACCCUUCGAAUGGUGAUCUACUUAACUCCAUCACCUGUCCGCAGUGUAAAAAAUGUCGCUGCGAAGAGUGCCAGCGACCUCGGCAGCUCCCUUCUCGGUGGCUCUGCGAUAACACCUGUCUGUGCAGUGCGGAAACGAUCAUCGACUACGCAUCGUGUCUGUGCUGCGUCAAGGCACUCUACUACCACUGCUCGAAAGAUCACGAGCUGGAACGCGAGAGCGAUACGAUAUCUUGUGCGGAUGAUCCCUGCUCGUGUUUGCCGCACAAGCGAACCACACGCUGGGGCUGCCUGGGCGCACUGUCGCUCGCCCUGCCCUGCCUCUGGUGUUACUGGCCCAUGCGAGGUUGCGUUGCCGUGUGUGCAAAAUGCUACGCUAAACAUUCCCGACACGGUUGUCGCUGUCAGUCUCCUAAUGGUAGCAGCAUCGCCGGAAUCAUCCUCGGUGGAGUCGGUGGAGGCGUUGGCGGCGGGGGCAACGGUAACAACGGCUCGCAGGACGGCAGCGGUUCUACCGAGCACCAUCUACACGGGAGCACUAUCAGCAGCAGUAAAUUUUCCGCCGUCAAUAGUACCAGUCCGUUCGGCAAGGGACAUCAACACCACCACCACCACCACCACCAUAGUAGUCAUCAUCACCAUCAUCAUAGCGAUCUUACACCCGAGAAGCGCCUUCUCGAUUCCAGCCCCGAGUACUGAUAUAUGCUUUAUCUGUAAGCGGGCGACUCCAGGAGAAGACAGCCGCGGAAACGCGUCCGCUCACAGAGAGCACAACACAGCAACAAUAUCCGGUGCAGAAUUCGACGACUAACAAUUGGGAGAGGAGCAUCUACGUUCUGAACGGAAGGGGUGAGGGAAAAAAAUCGGACGACAGAGGAGAAUUGUUUAAUUAUAAUUUAACCAAAGACUGCAGACUAUUAUUGAGUUAUAUUUUUCGAUAUAAACGAUAACUAUUUUUCGUACAACGCAAGGAAAAAAGAGGAAAUGAUGUAAAAAGGAAACCUGUAAAUUAUUCGCUCACAUCGCCUGAAUGUAACGAUCAGUUCUGCCAUCAAAAAAUGUCUUAAAGGGGAGAGAUCGUUCGGAACCAAUUACUAUAUUGCUAUCUAUUACUACUACCACAACUACUACUACUAUCUACUACUGCUCUUCUACUCUACUACAACAACUACUACCACAAUCGAUUACUAACUGCUGUUGCAAUUCACCUACCACUCUGAUAUAGUUUCGUUACACAGUUACUAAACAAACACAAGGAGCAGAAUGCAUUGAAAACGCAUGGGGAGCAGGCUAAUAAUAAUAAACUGUUUAAAGUUAAGGGGAGCAAGAAUCUCUCAAUUUUCCAGAGAGAUUUGUUUUUUUAAAGAAGCACAGAAAAAAAAAUAAAUGCUCGCAUGCACUCCCCCCUCCCAACAAGGGAGGAGGAGGUCAAGGGGAUCGUGUGUGCCCCGAUAGGUGACAACCCCGAGCGGCGCGAAUGCUGAUGACACACACACUACACUAUAAAUAGGGAAUUAGAUAGGACAUUUUCCAAGGGAGGGGGAGCGAACCAAGCAUCAUUACACACACACACACACGUUUUGUUCACGAGUAAUUUAUUUCCUACCUUUAGAGAUCCGAGAUAUGAGUGGGGGCUGCCGCCGAGGGGAAUACGCACGGCCCGUUUGCGCCGAUAUUUUAGAAAUAUUGACACAAGCAACGAAACAGGAGAAGGGUGUUCAAGCAAGGGAAACUCGGAAAUGAAACGCGGGGACUACGAAUGCGCGCGGGAUGCUGCGAAGCGAAUAAGAAUUAACUAAAACAAACAAAAAAAAACCACAAGAUAUAGGGAAACAAAAAGAGCGAGCGAAAGUUGGCUGAAAACGCAAAUUGUAAAUAUCUAUACAUAUUUAUCCAAAUAACUAAUUUAAUGUAGCUAGAGAGCCUUCCGCGAGAGAGAGCCAAGAAAGGAAACUAUUUUCUUAAAAUGUACGAAAUUGACGCGUCCGCAGACGACGCGUUUUGUAUAUACACCCCAUUGCGAGAGAAAGAGAGAGAGAGAGAGAGAGAGAGAGAGAGAGAGAGAGAGCGAGAGAGAGAGCGAGAGAGAGCGAGAGAGAGCGAGCGAGCGCGCGAGAGCGGAAGUGAGGUCAAAACGCAAAAAAGGAAAAACUAAACAUAUUUAUAUUUAAACACACACGCGCGAAAGAAGAACUACUGAAAAACGGAAAAUUGUAAUAUAUUUUGGAACGUUCAAAUGAACAAAGUUCUACUACAACGCGAGGGAAAACUGUAUGCGGCAAUCAAAUGAGUGAGCGAGCAAAAGAGACGAAGAGUGAGCGAGACCACGAGCGAAUGCGAGCGUGCGUGAGUAGUGUUAUUUUUCUCGGUGUAAAUAUUGACCGCACAGGAAGGAAGUGGAAGCAGAAGAAGAAGAAGAGGCACAAGGCAAGAUUGAAAACCAAUCAGCAUUAUCCGGUACGAGCUAAUUCGAAUCAUUCAGACAAAAGGUAAAUCAAGCAAUGUUCACUACCCCGAGAACACAGGAAUAACACACACAGCACCAAAGUCACGCGGACUUCGCGUUCGCGUCACAGGAGGGUUAUGUUUUUAUUGCAAGCGAGGGGAUAUCCAUUUUCGCCGAAUUUGCGCGUCCCAGCCUUCUUCGAUGUCACCACAUGUGUGUGAUUCGUUGAACCACGAUGCUAAAUUCGACGGCUCGGUUGUAUGAAGCCAAAUAGAAGCGUGAGAGCAAAAACAAAGAAAGGUGAAUUUUGAAUGUGCCGUUUUAUACUAGUUUAUUCACAAUUUUGAUGGUGGAAUGUAUUGAAUGACUAUUAUAUAUUUGUUUAUUUUGACUACAGGCUGUAAGCCCGUUACCCUACUUAAAAAUUGAAACUACUCCAUGAAGUGUUGUUGGUCAUUCCUCCCUGCAAUGAAGUGGUUAUGCUAGAAAACUCAUCUUUAGUUGCGUCUAAAGACGCUUUAUUCGUCACGAAAACAAAGUGAUGUUAGAGGCGAAUGAACUGAAAGUUUAAAGCCUCUCAAAAAGAAAGAAAAGUGCUAUAGCAACAAGUUUUCUGCAAGUAGUGAAAAAAUCCUAACCUAGAAUAACUGUCUGAUACAGAUUUGUUGUGCAUUUUCAUGUAACUCAUUUUGUGCACUAUCAGGAGCAAUGAGUGGCAGAAAACGGAACCUGCAAUGCACUUCUUGUUGUUGGGUUCUCUGGGUAAUUUUUCAAAGGUUAGUGGAAAUAUUGAAAAAUUUGUUGCAGUAGUGAUCUAAUCAGGACUUCGUAUUCUAUGCAUUCAAAGGACACCAAGCAAUUGUUUCCACGCUCGUAGCAUAUGUUUUUCAUAUCAUAUAUUCUCUGAAUAGUAACAUUUGGGUUGAUGUAGUACAAUAUUGUCACACAUUUUGCAACCAAUAGUUCGGGAGUAUGAACCGUGAGUACAUUUUGUGAAAGAGCAUUUCCAAAUGUUGUUGGCAACCCUUACGAACUGACCAAUCAGCAGCUGGUGCGAGUUUGACAUUUAGUCGGUCCGGAAUCGACCCCUCUGUUGUCUGGUCUCGUCUCAGGGCAAUUCCAGUUUAAUAUUUAUACACCUGGUAUUCGUACCAUGGAUGCCACCAUCUCGAGCAUUACAAAUGUUAAGCAUGUGCCGUUUGUGUUCUUAAAUCUGGAUAAUUAAGAUUAUCAAUAGGCUACCUGUGAAAGUAACCGAAAGAACUACUCUAAAAUGACUUGAAUCGAUGAUUUUUCGCCUUCAGUAAUCUAUUGUAUUCUCAAAUCACGAGACCGAAGGUUAUCAACUAGUUACCUGAGAAGGCAGCCGUAUGAACUCCUCUACAAUGGUUCAGAUCGGUGAUAUGUUCUGUGACUUUUUGCGCGUAGUACCCUAACAAAGGUCGAGUGUUUUACUCAUCCAAUUUAGCCUGCGCACGUAUUGCCAAGUUCGCGAGGCGAAUGUUUCGGUCGCGUUGAUAGUCAGUGUGGCCUCUCUGGUCCUCUAACUUGUUUGAACUUGGGGAAAAUGGGUUAUGCUGCUCGUUGACCAAGCCUAUAUGCAGAAACAGAGACUAUUCUACCAGAAGCGACUUUGCUUCCCAAUCAUUGCCUCCGUUCACGAACUUUUAGUGGAUAGAGCUGAUUGUUUGUUUUUUUUCUAUUAUAGAGGCUGUGAACUAUAAAAAGUUAAUUCACCUCUAGUCUUGAAAAUGGCAUAUAAGAAGCACAAUCAAUGAAGAACCUGGGAUCGAACUGCUUGAAUUGCCGACUUCUUUCGCUUUCACUUCAUUCAUUUAAUUCUUCACACUGAAGCGAAGAUUCCAAUCAUCACUUUCAGACCCUAUCGAAACACUUAUUCGGACAGCUUAUAUUCGAAUGAAAAUUUCGUUGUUGUAUUCGAAACGUUCUCAUUGAAACGAAUGAAACCGGCGAGGGCAAAGGUUGUGUAGUGGUGAGCGUGACUGUAAUGCCCUCUCGCGCCUUUUUCAACACCACUCUUUUGGAAGACGGUCCGGGAUCAAACUUUAGAUGGGAAGCUACGAGCGUCCUUUCGCAUGCGAAAUGAGACUAUUUGACGAUGAUAAUAAAUAUAGCCCAUUCGAACAGUUUCGGUAGUCAAUCAAAAAGCUUCUGGUUUUUCAAAUUGCAGAGAAACGGCACGAAACGAAAGAAUCGAUGUUUGAGUAUGCGUAGAGAACAUACCAAUUUCACUCAUCCCCGACAGACUAAGAUUGAUCAAUUGGAAAUGGCUGAAGUGAAAGGGACAAAAUCUUCUUCAUCAAAUCUUUGAAUAUCUGGCCGCACUGUUUAUUUUACUACAGCUCUCCUAGUGGUCGUAUCUGGAAUAUUUUGACAGCAGUGCUGAAAUGUUCGUCACGACUCAUUUUGUUUAAAAAAAGAAGUUAUACUUGAUGAAAACCGCUAACCGAAUGUAUAUUUUUGGCACCCAUUUCAAACAAUCGACAAGAUCAUAACAAACGUCGUAGUAAAACUUAAAAAUUUAAACUGCAGUUGAAAGUUUGAAAAAUUGUCAGGGUAAACCCAGUACUGCCGGAGUAUGAUAUCGCUAAUAAAUUCAAUACCAGGCAGAGGUCAAAAUUCUCGGUCCAUUGCGAGAUAAGUAUUCAGUCAAUCAAUCUAGUUUUCGAACAGUUUUACUUUUCAUCAAAAAUUCAUUUUCAGAGAGAAAGAGAUGUGGGAAAAUCUCUCGAUUUCUAUUUAUCUUUCUCUCUCAAGUUCAAGGAUGCUUUUUCGUUUCUCAUUUAGUACAGAUAAUAUGGAGCGAAUAAUCAAAGCUAACUUUACCAACGUUAGCCUGUUUAGAUAGUGUCUAAACGACCUGCAUUUGGACAGUGUCUGAAUUGUACAAAUAUCAAUCCAUCUCAUGUUCACUUCACGAUUAAACCCAAUGUUACCGCAUGUUUUCAGAUGUACUGGAAAAGAGAAAAACCAUUAUCGGCAUCAAGAAGUCACUAAAAAUGAAACCAUUUUUCGGCCAAUCAUAACUCGCCGAAAAAUAAAAAUCGGCAUUGCGUUUCUCGCGAAUUUAAUUGAACGUAUAACAUUCUCUCGCCUCUCAUAUUCUCAACUUUUUUUUCCCCUAUGGGUGGAAACGGAUGUUUUUUCUCUCAAAUCGGCGAGCAUUUCGAUCUCUGAUACCAGGAAAAGCACCGUUGGAAGAAUUCGUCAACGAGAAGGAUUCGGGGAUCUUUUCGGGCCAACAAGAGACCAAACAGAACACUGGAGAAGCAGAAUUUAGUAUGAUGACGUUCUCACGAAGUGCGAUAGAUGCAUCUUCAUGGACAACGAAGAAGAUGUUGAGAUGUUUAUGGGCAGCUUCCCGGACAAAAGCUUUAUAGAGCAACUGGUCGAGGUGAUGCCCCUAGCAAAUUCGAAUUCGUUUUCACCGAUAAAUUCGCAAGAAAACUUAUGAUCUGGCAAGACAUUAGCGACCUCGGACAAAAACCCCGGGUUUUAGGGACAAACCAGAUUAUGGAUUCCACAAUGUACAAGCAGAAGGUCCGUACUUUAAGCUCACAAUGGACCUGUAAAGUUUUGGCUUGAAGUUUGGGUGGUUUUCUCCGAAAAGGAGAUCAAUCCACCCAACCGCCCUCGACUCCGCCCAAUUGAGAAUUAUUGGGCAAUAUUCAAACAUAAGUUGAAGAGGAGUGGAAGGGUAACUUGGGAUCCCGUCAGAGAUGAAGAGAUGGUGGAACAUAAUGAUCAACAAAGUGUCCAAAAUAUGAUGAGUGGUAUCCGAGGAGAGGUUCGAGAUUUCAUCAAAACCGAAUCGGAAUAUUUUUUUUGCUUUUUUAAGUGCAUUGAAUGACCAUUAUUUUGAGUACUCAACAUUUUCAUGUCUAAUUAACAUGGUUCCGAGUUAGAUUGUUUUUUUGGGUCUAGAUAUCAAAUGGUUCAAGCUUUAGUUUUGGUAAUUACAAGCGCAUCAUGCUCUAGGCAUUUAACUUAAUACUACGUUUUGUGGAAUAUAUUGGGAGUACAAAAAAGAAAAACUAAGCAUUCGCUGCGUCACGAAAAGACAUCCAAUCCUUCAUCUUUUAACAGCUUCUAUAGAAAUUUUGAGUUAUGCACACUCAAGGUUUCUAUAGAAGUUGACGCUGUUCUUUUGAAGACGUGAACGGAAGUGUUUGAUUUAUCCUUCCAAGAAUAUCGAUUGGUUGAAGGUUCAUAAAACUGAUAUGCCAAUAUCUGUUGGCUCGCUUUGAGAAUCACUCCGUAGCCGAUUGCGCCACUUCCGCAGGGUUCUCAACACACAUAAUGUGCGACACAUCAACAGUUCAUAUGUUCUCUCACAUUCUGGAGCACCUCCGAAUGAAUGAGUUAAAGGGGCUUGACCGCGGCUCGGCCGUAAAACAUAUGCUCGCUCUGGAUUCGCGCUGGUGCGACGCACCGAUGUAGGCUUGAAAUAUUUAUUUGACGGCGAUAACCUAUAUGGUUACAAGCGAACAUAAAUAAGCGAUAAUAUUUUAGCCCCGGUCUGUGAGUGCAAGAGUGGGAAAGAGCGCGCGUUUCGUGAAUGAUUUGCGCAGACAAGAAAUUGUUUGGCCAUAAACGCGCCGUUCACUACUUCCUUGUUUCAUCCAGGCGGGGGCUCCCCCUCCCAAAGCAUCUCUGGUCGCAGGCUAUCUUUUCGGCCAUAAAUCCAUUGUGUUGAUUGUUACACCGAUACACACGGCACGGCAAGGCAAGACGCAAUCGACGAUGUCUGCAGGCAGCCUUCACCGAUUUCGCUCGGUUCGACUCUUCCAGGAAAUCUAAACCGAUCAGCUUUCAUUCUUCAGCCCGAUUUUGUUGAGCGUUAUUCUUUUGUUCGCCUGUUUCCUGAUAAAUACAAAUGGUUCUGGAACGAAUCGAGAUGGAACAGCUCGACAGUGCGAAGAAGAUGGGAAAGAAUGGAACCAUCUGUUCUUCGAUUUCUCAAAAAAAAACCGCUCUUUUUGACGUGAAAAAAAAUCACUUUUCUCUGAUGCAUUUCUCUACGCAUCCUCCUCAUCUUCUUCGUUCCUAGCAAAUGUCGAUUUUUAAAAGGGAAACACUGUUUUCUAUAGUUUCUCUUUUUUUACUGGAAUUCGAGACAAAGUAUAUCCGAGAUAGAGUGAGAGUCACCUCAUGGCGAGGAAGGUGAUCGAAGGCGGAUUGUUCCAAAACGCAAUUCCAGCUAGUCUCGCCGAAACAGCCCAGAUCCCGGCUUCAAGUCCUACACGUGCGGGAACUUUUCGGGUUUUUUUUGUUUCCUCCAUAGAUUUCCUGCUCAAUUCACCAUGCCCCAGUUGUCCCUUCAUGUGCCACUCUUCCAGAGAGAUUCGGAUCGUUCGAUUUCGCCUCUCGAGAACGCGCGCGCUCAGAUGAGACCCGUCAUCGUGCCAGAAUGAAUGAAAGGGGGCAACAAAAAAAAAACGAAAAAGGAAAUCUCAACUCAAGUAGAACAUUUAUCUUCGAAGAUUCCCUCGUUUCGUUGGGUGGAGAGGAAACCGAACCAGAACACAUCUAUUCGAAAACAGGAAAUGACUGCUAGUUUCAUUCAUUAAAUUUCGUUUCUGGAUUGGCCGCGCAUGGGUCGCGCGUGGGAUUCAUUCGUUGCCAUCUCGUAUCCCAUCGAGAGUAUUCGAUCACUUCACCAAAAGUCCCACUAGCAUCCUCCAUAAACUGAGCCGCACAUACGCUAGCAACACAUUGCCAAGAUUUGCGUGGCAGCUUUUCGAAAUUUACACUGAAUUUUCGCGCGCCAUUUGAGCACACGACAGCCAAACAUUGCGUGUCGUCUCGAGAGGGGACUUUGCCAAACGUAUCGCGUAUGAAUUUUGUUGUCCCGCAGCCAAUCUCACCCGCAUCCGUUUGCGGAUGCCCGUCGUCAUUCAAUUUUCGAGUGUACAAACUCUUCUGUGCUCUUGUAUAUGUGUAUUUUUAUAUCCCGUCGCUCAUAAAUAAAAUUCAUUCAUAAAACUAACACCCAUUUAAAGUUGAUCAAAAUAAAAUGGAUGUUGUAAUUUUUCCAAGCUAAAUUUAACAUCGAAAUCAACGCCAUGGUGGUGUCAUGCGCCAAGCUUCACCACAUCACGACGAGCUGAGUGAGCUCGGGAAGGCCGGCGAACAUUUGGCGAAAAAACUAUCCUUGAACAAUUUGAAAAACAAUGAAACACAACCCUCAUGUAGCGCAUCGAAGCGCUGACAACACAAAAUCGAAGUUAAAAUUCACCAGUGGACAUUGCGCAUAGAAAGCUAAAGUGGAAAAAAAAACACAAACAAACAAAAACAAAAAAAAAUGUAAAAAUAAAUCAAUUGAAUUGCCUUAAAAAUUAUUGCAAGAAACCAAAACUUAUGAAUUUUUGAAAGUUCGUCCAAGUUGAAUAGAUGAAUGAAUAUUUUCGCAUAGUUUUUCUUCUCUUCCUUUGUGUCAUCGGGAGAUGUUUUCGGUUUGACAACAAAACAAUACAACAAUACAUUGCGCUGGAUUGUAAGUUUUCCGUUUCAAGUAGGAGCAAAGGAACAAAGCCGUAUAGGGAGAAAAAAAAACAGAGUUACAAGAGUAAAACUGAUAUGAUUUCGUGUAGGAUUUAAUUUCCAGUAUUAUCUAGUCGUGCAUAAUAAUGUGUAACAGAAAAAGAAUAUAACUGAAAAGAAUUAAAAAUACGCUAUAAGAGGGACAAAACUGAAGAAUUAUAUUCAAUUAGCAACUAAUUCAGAGCGAACCGAAAAACUUUACAUAACGAACAGGAAACAAACAAAAAAACUUAAUUGGGAUGAUUUAAAACGGUAAACGGAGUUGAGAGCAAACACACAUACUUUGGCACAUGCAAAACGAUUUGUUGGAAUCAUUUCAUAAUCAACGCUGGACCGCUAUCGUGUGGACGUCAAAAAUUCAAAAAUCACCUAUCAAGCAGCAACAGUAAAACAAAAAAAUAUAUCCAAAAUCUCGAUGUCAGACAGCAAAAGAAAGCACAUAUAGAAUCUUAUCAGCAUUAAUACAAACUAUAAAGUAAAAAAAGUAAAGAUAUAUGAUAUAAAAUAAAGUGGAAUCAUUACAUUGUCAACUGUACCUAAACUGUUAUUUUUUUUUAAAUAAAUGGAUGAAAAAUACAAGGAUGAUGUCAAGUAUAUUCAAAUUCCUAACAAGCCUCUAACACACGUCUCUUACUCAAAGUAUAACUGUCGCACCUUUGCCGAUCAAAAACACGGUAUGGAACCCCAGUUUUUCACGCGGAGAAUGUAAAAACAAUACUCUCAUACUCCUCCAUUCAACACACCGAAGUUUUAUUUUCAUGUUUCUUUAUUUAUCACACAUAACACACACAACACACUCGACACACACACACACAUCCAACAUAUAAACAUUUCGUUUAAAACGACAAAAUUAUGUUCUCACUGCUGUAACGAUGUCGACGUAACACCGAGCGAAAACGCAAAAUAAAUUAACGAAUAAUCAGUUAACGUAAGAUGGCUUAACUAAACCAUAAUAGGGAAGGGAGAGGAAGGAAAGGUAGAAAGAAAAAAAAAGUAAAUUGCAUAAUUUCCACCCGAAUGAGAAACGGUAAAUUGUUUGAUUAAGAGAAGGAAAUGUGGAAAGUUUGAGCUAUGUUUUUUCGGUAGUUUAUGUAUGAAUGCAAGAAACACAGUUGCGCUGAAAAGCAAAGAGAG